CGGUUCGCCGAAUAUCGGUUAGCCACGCCUACUGCUUAACAACGGUAGUCAAGAAGCGUAUGCCCGUCAACUUUGUAAACAAGUAUGGCCGACAUCUUGCAACUACAGGAUGUCCCAGACGACUUUUCAGCAUCAUAUCUUGUUUAUUUGCCAACCCUUCGACAAAAACAAAGGGCAACUGCUUUUGUAAAGGACAGUUAUGUUAAAUCGGUGUCAAUAUUUAGAGCAGGAAAUGAACGUAUUGCGAUAAAAUCCAAUGUUUACCGCAGCCAGAGGAAGAGUGAAGAUCCACAUACUAUUAACCUGGACGUGAAUGAAACAACACGUAAACUAGAAGAUGCACACUGUAGCUGCAAGGCAGGAGUUUUGUAAAUUUUGUUUCUUGGAAUCCAUUGUGGAAUACGAUUUUUCCUUGAAUAUCAGGAAAAUGUGCACAUGUUCUGACAGUGAUCAUGAUGAUAGAGCAAUGGAAAAUCCUUGGGUAUAAAGCUGUUCCAUCUCAGCCAUCAUCUACAAGUCUACCACAGCAGUGGGACAAGCCAAGAGGACCAAAAAUUAAGGCAGAGCCUGUGUCCCAAAUGGUUAUUUCAAGGCCAAUGAAUUUAACUAGAAAAAGAAAACCUGUAAUUGCCACAUUUAUUGACAAUAGAAAAAUUGAAGUCUGUGCUGAGGAUAUCAUCCACCUGAAGCAGCUUAAACUGAGCCCAAUAUCGUACCUGGUUGAGGAACUGGGAUCCAGCAGAACCUUAGACACACCAGUAGGACCCCAAUUACUUGGAUCACCUCUCAGUUAUCAUAAACCAUUAAUGACACCGAUAUUCCAACCAAGAGAGGAAAAUUCCGACAUAUGUGGGGAUAUUGUGUUUCCAAAACCACUACCGCAAUGCAUAGAUAUGUCAGCAAUGGACCAAAUGAAGACUGAAUGGAUUGCUUCAAAUAUCACCAAAACAGAAGCCAUUACUAUAGAAAAGGAAACAAGAAAACAGUCAGAUUCAACAGCAUGGUUUCAACAUAGAGAAAACCGCAUUACAGCUUCAAACUUUGGUGCUGUAAUGUUAAGAAAGAGAGACAUUAAUGAUAAAUUUUUGAAAAAUACUUUUCAAAGAAAACAAUUCACAUCACUAGCAACCUCAUAUGGAACAUCAAAUGAAACUAUUGCUAAGCAAAUGUAUAUUAAACAAUCAGGAAAUCAUAUUCAUGAUAUAGGACUUGUUGUUCAACCAGAUCUUCCUUUUAUUGGUUCAACCCCAGAUGCAGUCGUAUGUGACAAAACUGAAACUGGAAUUGUCGAAAUUAAAUGCCCAUAUUCAGUAAGGAAUAUGACAUUGAAGGAAGCGUGUGAUGAAAGAGCUGAUUUCUUUUUGAAGCCAAAUGCCAGUGGUGAUUCUUUCACAUUAAUUCAGGAUCAUAAACACUGGUUUCAAGUGCAAGGACAACUUUUAACCACAGGUGCACCUUUUUGUGACUUUGUUACAUAUACAAAACAGGACAUUGGCAUAGAAAGAAUCUACCCUCAUGAAAUCACCAUGAAAGCCUUAGUUGAUAAACUGUCAAAAUUUUAUAUACAACAUUUCAAGCCAUACAUGAAAAAGUGAUUUAAUAAAUAAAUUUACACCAGAAUGUUGUCAAAUGUAAUUGGAUACCCUGCAUUUAUCCAUGCUUUCCCAUAAAAUAAGUGUAAAUUGCUGAAUGAACC